CUUGCUUAGCUGCCUUUCUUGCAACAGCACUCAGCAGCUCUCACACUUUCGAAGAAGAAGAAGAAAAAGAGAUGGAGCGAUCGAUGCGUGUGUUUUCCACAGUUUUCGUCGUGCUGCUGCUUCUUGUGGCCACAGAGAUGGGGCCAAUGGUAGCCGAAGCUAGGACAUGUGAGUCACAGAGCCAUCGCUUCAAAGGCCCAUGUGUGAGGAAGAGUAACUGUGCUUCUGUCUGCCAAACGGAGGGCUUUCAUGGCGGCCAAUGCCGGGGCUUCCGCCGCCGAUGCUUCUGCACUAAACAUUGUUAGUGUGUAUCUGAGAUCAGCUAGAAGAUGAUUAUGAUAUCAUCUCCUUUUAGUUUGUGUGAACCAAGAAUAACAUGUCAUAUGGUUUGUCUUUUCUUUUUCUUUUACCUAGUGUGUCCCAAGAAUAAUAAGACCCUACUCUGUAUAGGGGGGAUUCGUACUCUUCUAUCAUGUGAUUCAUCAGGUUUUGUAAUCUAUCGUUUUCUCGGAUAAUGUUAAUGUAUUAUUAUGCGUGUC